AUGCGCAAUUGCAUUUCAAAAUUAACACUUGUUACUCUAACGUUAUACUAUGCAUCUUUAAAUAAUGCGUUUGCCUACCAGCAGAAUAGAUCUUUCCACCACACCAGAAGACAAAACUAUGAUAAUUUAUAUAUUCCUCAAAAAUUAGGGACAUAUCGUUCAUACCAGCCUGUGAUAGAGCACAAACCCACUUACAUUAAAGCCGAUGACCGUAAUGACUACGAUUUAAAUUCAUACGACUCCGAAUACGGAGUUGUUCUGUCAAAUUUUACAUCUUCCAUAUACGACGAUAAUCCACCGUUAUAUCCAAAUCCAGAUUUGAUUACCAACAAUAAUCAAGGAACUUUAAAACAAUUGCCUCAAAAGAAAAUACCGGAUUCAGAUAUAGAUUUACCUGAUGACUCACUGGCGGAUGUCGAUUUGAAGGAACACAACAUAAUAGACAGUGUCACUUAUGUUUAUGGCUUUAACAGUUGCCACGGCAUGAGGGAUGAGUGGAUGGUUUUGAUUUAUGUGACCAGUGGUUUGGCAGUUUUAUUUCCGAUUGCAUCUGUCAUGUGGCUGAUGUGGAGUGAGUGUGCUGCAGACUUCAGGAAAAACAGCAAAUUAUACCCGAUUAAUAUCAAUCUUUGCUGCUGUUUAGCGGCUUGUACACUAAUUUAUAUCCAGGCUGCUGUGGGAACAUCAUCUCCGUCGCAAUGUGAAAGGAUAGCGUUGCUGCUACACUAUACACAUAUUACGUGUGCAGUGUGGAUUGUUGCUUUGGGUGCAGCUGUAGCUGAAUUCUGUACGUGCGAUACGCUGUUGCCAUUAAAAUACAAUUAUCUUCUCGCGUAUGGUAUACCGGCUAUCGUCGUUAUGUUCAACUAUGCACUUUCGAUGGAACAGUAUGAAAUAAAACAUUACUGUUGGAUGUCCAUAGAAAAAGGCAUGGUCAUGGGAUUUAUGAUCCCAGCGAUGAUUCUUAUAUUAAUCAACACGGCUAUCAUAAUAGUCGGAUUGCAAAGUGUCAAUAGAAAACAAAACGAAAUUAUAACGGCAAAGAUACAAGAUCUCGUCGACCAGCAUCUGACCAAUUGGUCGAAGAGCGACAAUGCGGGUAGUUCGGAAACUUUGAACAACGCCUGUACGCCACUCCCGAGUAGAAAAAAUACAGACAGUUCAGAUACUAUCGAUCGGGAUUCUAAUAGUAAUGACGAAGAUAAUCCGUAUAUUACAGUAACAAUGGGCGAUGGUAACAGCGAAGAAGGACGAGAGAGUAAGAGAAUCUCCGACAAGCACCUAAUUAACUUAUGGAAAUCAAUGGAAAAGUUGUCAUGGAAGAACGGUUGGAAUAUAGAAGGGAAUGAUUUGAAAACUUACCUUAACCUCUGUUUGAUCCUGGAACCGUUUUUCGCUAUUAACUGGGUAAUGGGUGUGGUUGCUAUAGAAAAUGCUACGCAUUGGUCUACGCCGACUAUUUAUCUAAUUUUGGUCCUAUCAAUGCACAUUUAUCUAAUGGCUACGAUAUGCACAACAUUGCCAAUUGUACAAAAGAUAUCACCAGCAUCAUGCACGGAAGUUUCUACUGAGCCUACCAUUGUCAGAUCUAGGACAACGGAUAGUAUUCCACUUCUAGAUCCAACCGUACAACAAGCCAAUGUGACGCCGGCGCCUAUCGAUACCAUUAGUACCAUAAGUAUCUAA